AUGCAUAGUAACGUCUUUGUCGGUGUCAAACCAGGGUUUAAUUAUAAACAGCACAGCAAAAGCUCACGUUUCCUAGAAAAUGUCUCUACGCCGGGACUGUCGAGCAACUACGAUUAUGUUUUGCUCCCUAUAACGACGCCCAGGUAUAAGGAGAUAGUUGGGCAGGUUUUUAAAGAGUUCCAGAACCAGUCCAAGCAGAAUUGGCAACCGCUUCGGGUCCCCGAACCCCAGUUGCAGGAUAUCUGUAUUCCCCCGUUCAACAUCAACAAGCUAGACAACGACGACACGCCGUCUUACAUAGGGCUGUUGUCCUCUUGGCUGGAGUUGGAAAGUCGUGAUCCGUCUGUAAGAGAUCUUGGCCUAAAGGUCCUUCUGAACGAAUGUAAAUAUGCAAGGUUUGUCGGGAUCAAUAAGCUGAUAUUGGCGCCUCCACGCGACCUGUCCAAUCUGCAAUUGUAUGGGCAGAUGAUUUAUAGACUUUUACAAAAACCAAUCAUCUUCACCGCGCCUGCGCUGACCAUAUCAAUCUCAUUGCCGCUUUAUGAAGACAGCGAUCCGCUGGCAACUUGGGAACUGUGGAAUACCGUUCGGAAAUUAUGCGAGUAUCAUUCAUCAUUGACUAUCUCUUUGGCCUUGCCGAGAAGUAGGACACCUUCUUAUGUGCUGAAUAGAUGGUUGGCCGAGCCCGUUUCGUGUCUUCUAGUGUCUUCAUCCAUCUUUGCCAGUAACCAGUACGCCUACCCAGUUCUACACAAAUUCAACCAAAAUUUGAUUUUGAAAUUUCAAAAUAUCAAUGGGGAUUCACAAAUCUUGGGUAAUGAACUAUGUGUGAUACUACAUGGGAUGGAGAAAUACGCUGACGAUGUUAAGGGUGGGGAAUCGGCUUAUUUGGAGUAUAUCAACUAUUUAUUGAAAAAGGGCGAUAAGAUCUUGAACUCCAAUGGUAAUCGUCAAUUUAUGCUUCAAGAACAGUCCAGGAUAAUGCCGCCUUUAAAGCCCCAUUCAGAUACUUUAUUGAAUUCCACAUAUUUGACUUUUGAAAAAGACUUGGUGAAAUACGACCUUUACGAAUCUGCCAUAUCAGAAGCGCUCCAAGACGUCUCCUCCCAAGAGAGUUUCAAGAGACCAAUAGUGAUCUUAGUGGCUGGUGCGGGUAGAGGGCCCCUAGUGGACCGAACUUUUAAAAUGAUAUCAAUGCUAUUUACGGAAAGUGAAGUAUCCCUAAUUGCCCUUGAGAAGAACCCACAGGCAUACCUAUAUUUGCAAAAGAGGAACUUCGAUUGCUGGGAUAACAAAGUGAAAUUGAUCAAAGAGGAUAUGACUAAGUGGCAAAUCGAUGAGCCACCAGAGAAACGUAUACAGGUAGAUAUAUGCAUAAGUGAAUUGCUGGGCUCAUUUGGUUGUAACGAACUAUCACCCGAGUGUCUCUGGUCCAUCGAAAAAUACCACUCCCAUAAGGACACUAUCUUCAUACCAAGAUCAUACUCCUCUUAUAUAGCACCUAUAUUUUCGCCACUAUUCUACCAAAAGCUCCUACAAACAAACCGCUCCUUGGAAGCGCCUUGGGUGGUCCAUAAGGUUCCAUAUUGCAUACUAUCCUCCAAGAUAAAUGAAGUUUGGAAGUUCGAGCAUCCGAUUUGCGAAAACUAUGUUGGCCAAGACGAAGAUGAUUGUGACACUAUCAAAUUUUCGCACAGCUCACUCAAUGAAUUUAAGAUAAAGCACCGCGGCGAAGUCCAUGGAUUCGUCGGUUUUUUUACAGCAAACCUGUACAACAAUAUAUUUUUGUCAACUUUGCCCGAUGACAGCAUGGUCCGGUUGAAAUCCAGCGAAGAAACGUCAAUGCAUGCCAGACAAAAUGAGAAUUUACAACUAAUCAAAAAGUGUCAUCAUACCUCAAAUAUGACCUCAUGGUCCCCGAUAAUUUUUCCUUUAAAGCAACCGUUAUCCUUCAUAGACGAUUCCGAACUUUCUGUGUUGAUGUCACGAAUACACUCGGACACAGAACAAAAGAUCUGGUACGAAUGGUCUUUAGAGAGUUUCAUAUAUCUCAUGUUAUCGAACUACGGUUCAGCGGCUGCCGCUACAAACAUGACCAUUCCCAGGUCCAUGGCUGCAGAUGACACUAAAAUUCUAGGCCGUAACUACCAUCUUUCAACAACGACCAAUCAAAAACUGGAUAAUCAAAUUGAUCUUGAUCAAGACAUCGAAAACGAAGAAGAACAAGGGUUCUUGUCCAAUCUGGAGACCGGUUGGCAAAGUGUACAAGAUAUUCACGGGCUCAGCGAAACCGCCGGGCCAAGUCAAUUGAGCUCUAUCAACAGACCCAUGUUUGAUCUCAAGUCGAGCAGGGCGCUCGAUUCUGCUAAUGGAUUACCAAGACACGAAGAUGUCGAGGAAGAUGCCCCAGAAGUUCAUGUCAGAGUUAAGACUGGUGUCUCUACUUUACACAACGUUGGCGGCAGAGCCUUCUCCCUACAAUUGUGA